AUGGGAAUAUUUCGUUGGAACUAUCCAGAGAGUUCCGUACCCGGGUUUUGGGGAGAAACAACAUCAACUAUUGACUGGUGUGAGGAGAACUAUGUAGUUUCUCCUUAUGUUGCAGAAUGGACAAACACUUUAACUAACAUCGUGUUCAUACUUUCAGCCAUAUAUACAACCUACUCUGCAUACAAGAAUAGACUAGAGAAAAGAUUUUUACUUAUUGGUUUCGGGUACGGUUUGGUCGGAGUGGGGUCAUGUUUAUUUCAUAUGACCUUGAAGUAUAGAUUUCAAUUGCUGGAUGAAUUACCCAUGAUAUACGCCAUGUGCAUUCCGACAUGGAGUCUGUUAUGUGAAGCUAAAGAGGCGCUGCUCAAUGGGGACAAUCAUAAGAAGGUUCCUCUAUUCGAACAGAUAGUUUUUGGAAUCAUUAUUGCUCUAGCCGUUACAACAGCAAGCAUACUCUACGUUAUUUUUAAGAAUGUGGAUAUCCACCAGAUUUUGUUUGGUGUACAAAUUGUGGUCGUCGCCGCCGCUGCCGGAAGCUUGACAUAUCGAUACGUCCAUGAUCCGCUUGCCAAAAGGAAUCUUAAAGCUUCCAUGGCACUUGGUGCUAUAUUGUUUUUAUCAGGUUACGUAUCAUGGUUACUGGAUAUCCAUUUUUGUUCGUUCUGGGUGCAUAUUAGAAGAAGCAUCCUGGCCUUACCGCUUGGCGUACUUCUUGAGCCACACGGAUGGUGGCAUAUCCUUACUGGUAUGGGUAUUUAUUUCUACAUUGUUUCUUUGGAGUAUUUGAGGGUCAUCACUUUAAACAUUAGUUCUGAUUACCUGUUCAUUUGGAGAUGGAAAGUCUUUCCUGAAUUGAUAAGGGUAGGGCACAACCCGUCGACAAGGUACUCGCUUGAACUAUUUGGGUCGUACGUAGAAGAUCAAUCAGUUGGGGCUCAUAAAAAAAGGGAAUGA